UUAAACUAUAUAUUAAUAUAUUUCAGAGUUUUACACAGAAAUCAAACAGAUGAAUGGAAAGGUUGGAUGCAAUUGGUGAUUUUAGUAUACCAAGUGACGGGAGCGAGUAAAGUUCUGCCUAUUUACAUGUUAGUGCGGGCUUUAGUCUCUGCCUACCUCUUUCUGACUGGUUAUGGACAUUUCUAUUAUACCUGGAAGACAGGAGACACCGGCCUGGUGAGAUAUUUCAGGGUCAUCUUCCGGCUGAACUUCCUGACUGUGGUUCUUUGCCUGACGAUGAAUAGGCCGUACCAGUUUUAUAGUUUUAUACCGCUGGUAUCUUUCUGGUAUACUCUGGUGUUCGUAAUUUUCGCCCUACCCCCUCAUAUAACUCAAUCGUCCACACACACAGUGGAAUCCAAGCCUUACCAGUACUUGUACAUAGCGCUGAAGAUAAUGGGUCUCCUCAGUAUAGUGACGGUGCUGUACAUGAGCGAGGUCUUCUUCCAAAAGAUCUUUGUGACGAGACCGUGGAAAGCCCUUUUUGUGAACUCGGAUGAUGAUAUACAUCAGUGGUGGUUUAUGUGGAAACAGGAUCGGUAUUCAAUGGCGUACGGUGUAAUAUUCGCGAGUUUAUACCUGCUCGCUCAGAGAUACAACUUGGUGGACGACAACAACCACAGCAACCU